AUGGAAAUCUAAUCAGAUAUUUAAUAAUAAAAAUACAAUACCAAUUAAGUGAUAACUCUUAAAGAUGUAGGAAUCUAUAAAGUAUAAAAUCUUGUUUUUUUCAAAAAGAAAACAGCAAUGUUAAAUUCAUUCAUAUCAAGUUCUGAUGGUUGCUUAAUUAUCAUCUGGUCAUAAGCAACCAAUUUUUUAAUAAAAGUAAAUGGAAUCCAAUAUUUAAACUAAAAUAAAAACCUGAACAUAAUUGGAUAAUACGUAAUUAUGAGAUUAAAUUUUUGUAAUUGAACUCUGAAGAAAAUCAGAUUAUUUUUGCUCUUAAUUCUUAAAUCCAUUUUUUAUCCUCUUCAAAAUCUUGGUUUUGUGAAUAAAAAAUUUAGAAUUCACUUAAUGAAAUUAGAGGUUUAUCAAUUAAUCCAAAUGGAAAUUAAUUAGUAGUUUGUGAUUUUAGAAUAUCACAAUACGAGAAUUACAUAAUUCUGAGUGGAAAUUAAAAUAAACUCUGCCAAUUAUUGGAUAAAAUUUUGUUUUAUAAACAAUUUCAUGUUCAGUUUCUAACCAAUUAAAUCUUAAGCAUUAUCAAUCUACUCAUUCGAUUGCAACAUUAGAGAAUAUAUAAAAUCUAGUGAAAUAAUUUGUAAAGGAUUAGUUAAAUAAGAUAAAAUAAUCGAAUCUUAUCAUAGUACCUAUGUUUAAUCUAAAAAUUUAUUAUUAAGCAUUAAUGGAAAUUUUAUAAACAUUUUAUAAUUUUCUAUCUCUCAAAAACUUAUAAAAUUAUGAGUGUAGAGUAGUUUAAUCAAUUGAAUUUAAGGAUAUUAGCAUAAUCGGUACUAUUAGUGAUAAUGGAGAAUUUCUAAUAAUUUAUGAUCCUACCUUAAAUGAGAUUUAAGUUAGAGAAAAUUAAGAUUAGAAAUGA